UAAUAAUCCUCACAUGGUCUCUCCCUCUCUCUCUCUCUCCCUCCCUCCCUCUCAUACUAUAAAUGUUUGUGUACUUCAUGUUAUUAUAGCCUACUCAAUCUUUCUUAAUACUUCAACAGAACAAGAACUCAAAAAAGAUCAAUCAAUGGCAUUAAUGGUGAAGAAUCGUCCGUACGAGUACACAAAGAUGGAGAAAGAAGACCCACAGGAGCUAAUUCACAGAAGAGCUCAGUUCCUAAUCCAGAAGGUCUUAGAACGAGCCGACAACAAGACCAGACAGCAGCAACAGAGGAGGAGAUCAUCUGGACCGUUGAUUAUGAUCCGAGUGGUUGGGAUACGAAUGAGAAUUGGUAAGAAGCUAAGGAAGCUGAGGAAGAACAACAGUUGUGUCUGCAAUAAUCUCAUCUCUCGUUUCCUCAAAUCUUUUAAACGUUUCUUGUGUUCUUCUACUUCUUCAUCUUCUUCUUCUCGAACUAUCUCUGAUCUUCCUCCUCUCUUCUCUAUACAAGUUUGAUGAUCUUGAUCUUUUUGUUUUAAUAUUAUAUGUUAUGAUGAUAUAUGCUUCCUAUUGUAAAAAAUAUAUAAUUAUAUAUGAUAUCGAGCUAAAA